AUGGCGAAGAGUGAUACAGGUGGGAGACCUGGCACGGGCCAGAGGUCUGCGCAGGAAAGGAUAACAGAGUUGCAGGUGCUGGGGCACCCGCACGACGUGCUGGUCCGGCCCGAUCACCCGGAGCUGACGGCCGAGUGCCAGGAGAUCACCCAGGUGGAUGUGGAGAGCCUGGAGCUGGCUCCACCGCUGGAGCAGGCGCUGAGACAGUUUAAUCAGUCUGUGAGCAAUGAGCUGAACAUUGGUGUAGGUACUUCCUUCUGUUUCUGUACUGAUGGACAGUUGCACAUUAGACAGGUUCUGCACCCUGAAGCUUCCAAAAAGAAUAUCUUACUGCCUGAAUGCUUCUACUCCUUUUUUGACUUGCGGAAAGAGUUCAAGAAGUGUUGCCCUGACUCACCUGAUGUUAGCAAACUCGAUGUUGCGGCCAUGACAGAAUAUUUAAAUCUUGACAAGAACAGUCCAGCAUUUCCCUAUGGAGCCUCUCAAGUUGAAGAUAUGGGGAAUAUUAUUUUAACACUAAUAUCUGAACCAUACAAUCACAGAUUUGCAGAUCCAGAAAGAGUGAACUACAAAUUUGAAAGUGGGCCUUGCAGCAAGAUGGAACUUGUGGAUGACAAUGCUGUUAUCCGAGCAAGAGGAUUGCCGUGGCAGUCAUCUGACCAGGACAUAGCGAGAUUCUUCAAAGGCUUGAAUAUUGCCAAGGGUGGUGCUGCACUCUGUCUCAAUGCCCAAGGUAGGAGGAAUGGGGAGGCUCUUGUGAGGUUCGUAAGCGAAGAGCAUAGAGAUCUAGCGCUACAAAGGCACAAGCAUCACAUGGGGAAUCGAUACAUUGAGGUAUACAAGGCAACAGGUGAAGACUUCCUUAAAAUUGCAGGAGGCACUUCCAACGAGGUUGCACAGUUCUUGUCGAAAGAAAACCAAGUGAUUGUGAGGAUGCGAGGUCUUCCUUUCAACGUAACAACAGAAGAAGUGCUGACAUUCUUUGGCCAGCACUGCCCAGUAACAGGAGGAAAGGAAGGAGUCCUGUUUGUCACAUACCCUGACAGCAGACCAACAGGGGAUGCCUUUGUGUUGUUUGCUUGUGAGGAAUAUGCACAAAAUGCACUGAAAAAGCAUAAGGACUUGCUGGGGAAAAGGUACAUUGAACUCUUCAGGAGCACAGCAGCCGAAGUCCAACAGGUGCUGAACAGGUACUCUUCCACGCCUCUCAUUCCUCUCCCAACACCUCCCAUUCUUCCAGUAUUACCUCAACAAUUUGUGCCUCCCACUAACGUCAGAGACUGCAUACGUUUGCGUGGUCUUCCCUAUGCUGCUACUAUAGAGGACAUCCUGGAGUUCUUGGGGGAGUUUUCCACAGAUAUUCGGACCCAUGGAGUUCACAUGGUACUAAAUCACCAGGGACGUCCAUCGGGAGAUGCCUUUAUUCAGAUGAAAUCUGCAGACCGAGCUUUUCUGGCUGCGCAGAAGUGUCAUAAGAAGACUAUGAAGGACAGAUAUGUUGAAGUCUUUCAAUGUUCUGCUGAGGAGAUGAACUUUGUAUUAAUGGGGGGCACUUUAAAUCGAAAUGGCUUGUCCCCGCCACCAUGUAAGUUACCAUGCCUUUCACCCCCAUCCUACUCCUUUCCGGCUCCUGCUGCAGUUGUGCCAACAGAAGCUGCUCUGUAUCAGCCAUCCGUGCUCCUGAACCCACGAACGCUCCAGCCCUCCACAGCGUACUACCCUGCUGGGGCUCAGCUCUUCAUGAACUACACAGCAUACUACCCCAGGUAAAGCAGAAGAGAAACCAAGCAGGAACAAAGAAGUCUUUUUUUUGGAGCAAAUGCACAAAGCUCUGAAAAGAACAUUGUCUGCUGUGCUAAAAGCUUGUGCUACCAAGAACAGCUUAUUUGGUAUCUUGUUCAGGGAAACAAUUUAGGGAUAUCUAGGGAUUUCCCAAGUUUUAGAGUAUUUCAGGUAGUGUUGAU